AUGGAGGAAUCUCAGAAUGAGAUCCUUCAGCUUUUAAGGGGAGCUAGAGGACCAAUGCCGGUACCCCAAGAAGAUGCUCUUCUCCCUCGAGAUCAGCCAGGAUUUGAAGACAUUCUUCAUGUCGAAGUCCCCCUUCCUCCACCAAGGAUGCGUCCUCCUACACGUCCAGAGAAUGAACUUGCUGAUACAGCAAGCUCUACCCAUCCUUCGCGCAUGGGUCACCGACAGCAUAUGCCACCGGACGUCCCUGAGGACUUGGACCAACAGCGCGUCACUGAACUCCCCCGUAAUACUCUACGGCAUGAGUUACGAAGAUUAGUCCGAGAAGAGUUCCCCACAGGGGGUAUUAGGCAGUCCCUUCACCAACGGGACAUUCAGGAGUCAUCACCUUUUACCGAAGCUGUCCUCCGAUAUCCCGUUCCGGCAAGAUUCAAACUCCCAAAUAUUGAUUCUUAUGAUGGGACUUCAGACCCCUACGAACAUAUUGAUCACUACCGCACUAUUAUGCAUAUCCAGCAGGCCCCAGACGCUCUGCUCUGUCAAGUUUUUCCGGCCACCCUUAAAGGGCAGGCCCGGACAUGGUUCUACUCCCUACCCCCUCGGUCCAUUCCCCUAUUCGUUAAAUUGGCCAAAUUGUUUGUCGAACAAUUUGUCGCCAACCGAAGGAUGAUUAAAGACUCCUCCCACCUUUCGGGGAUACGACAGAACGAGGGUGAAUCUCUCAAAGAGUAUUUUCAAAGGUUUUCUACGGAAGCCCGGCAAAUUCCAGGGGUAAAUCCCGAAUUGCUACGAGGUGUAUUUCUAGGAGGGCUUUGUCCAGGCCCCUUCUACUCGUCACUCAUGCGAGAAACGGUCCAUUCUUAUGCGGAUUUAAUCCAUCGAGUAGAGGCCCAAAUCACUGCCGACGAAGCCAUCAAUGCUCAUAGAAAGCAAUUUGAGCAGACAACUGGGAAACGUAAAAAUCCUCUAGGGACGGAGAAUCUCCCAUCACAAAGGAAGAAGCAAGGAAUGUAUAAUCUUUCUCCUCGGCCCUCACAGCCGCGACGACAACCUCGCCAAGAGAAGGAGUACACACCACUCAAUACAUCCCAAGCGAAUGUAUUGAUGUCCGUCCAAGAUCAGGAGAACACAAAAUGGCCACACCCUUUAAAGCCCAAUGUCAGAAACCAGGAGCAAUAUUGCCACUUCCACCGCAGCCGUGGACACACUACUGAAGCAUGCAGGCAACUCAAAGAAGAAAUUGAGAGACUGAUACGACAAGGGUAUCUCCGAUAA